AUGGAGACUUGGAUAAUAAUAGUCAUAGCUAUUGCUUCUUGUGUUGGUGUUUUGAUGUUUCUUGUGGCCUUGACGGGAAGCAGAGUCAACAAUGUGAGUGGUGAUAACGGUGGAGAAGGAGGUGAUCAGGGUGUCGGAGAAAAUGAUGUUGGUGGCAGAGAUGUGGGAAUUCGUGGUUUUGGGGAUCAUGGAGGGUUUUGGAAUGGCAGAGAUCUGGGAAUCCGUGGUUUUGGGAGUCAUAGAGGGUUUUGGAGUUAUGGUGGCCGAAGUGGCAGCUGCUGGUUUACUGGUGGUGGAGGUUUUGGCGGCAGCGCUUGCGGUGGUCUUGGAGGUGGAAGUGGAGGUGGAGGUGGAGGAAGUUGUUGA